GGAUGGAGCUGAACUCCCUGCUGAUCCUGCUGGAAGCGGCCGAGUACCUGGAGCGCAGGGACCGAGAGGCUGAGCACGGCUACGCAUCGGUGCUGCCCUUCGACGGCGACUUCGCCAGGAAGAAAACAAAGGCGGCCGGCCUGGUUCGCAAGGCCCCGAACAACAGGUCUUCACACAAUGAACUCGAGAAGCACAGACGUGCCAAACUCAGGCUCUGCCUGGAACAGCUGAAGCAGCUGGUGCCCCUGGGCCCGGACAGCACACGGCACACCACCCUGAGCCUGCUGAAGCGUGCCAAGAUGCACAUCAAGAAACUGGAGGAGCAGGACCGCAGGGCGCUGAGCAUCAAGGAGCAGCUGCAGCGGGAGCACCGCUUCCUCAAACGGCGCCUGGAGCAGCUGUCGGUGCAGAGCGUGGAACGGGUGCGCACGGACAGCACCGGCUCGGCCAUCUCCACGGACGACUCGGAGCAAGAGGUUGACAUAGAGGGCAUGGAGUUUGGCCCAGGUGAGCUGGACAGUGUGGGCAGCAGCAGUGAUGCCGAUGACCACUACAGCCUGCAGAGUGGGGGCUGCAGCGAUGGUGGCUAUGGGCCCCCCUGCCGGCGGCCAAGCCGCCCUGGCCUCUCGUAGGCCUGGUGCCCUCUGCCCUUGGCCUCCCUGCCCGGCCGAGCCUUCCAGCCUUCCAGUCCUCCCUGUGAUGUUGACCGCCUUCUCCGUGGUCACUGCUGUGCCACCCUGGGAGCCCCAGUUGCCUCCUGGGCUGCCUGCUGCCCGCCGCUCUCGGCCAGGACCCACCGAGCCGCCCACCCCUCCCAGCCAGGCGGGGCCCCGAGGGAGGCAGGGCUGCUCCCCGAUCC